AUGGAUAUUGGAGAAUGCCUGUUUCGGAAGAAGCGGAGACCGUGGCGCAUGGAUCUCUCGUUCGCCUUGGUGACUUUGGCUUUCGCCCUGUUCCAAGCGCCUUUGGCACAAGCAGAUCCAGUGGAUGUGUUGCGAGUGCUGCAGCUGCCCUCUCUCCCCGAGGGGGUGCAGAAGGUUCCGGGCUUCUGCACGUCCCGUCGUGCUGGCACCGCUGACCAUGCCUUCCGCAUCAACAAAAAGGCCCAGAUCUCCGUCCCCACCAACCAGCUCUUCUCAGGUAACUUCCCAGAGAACUUCUCCAUCAUGACCCUGGUGAAGGCCAAGGCCGGCCUGCAGGCCUUCCUGCUGUCCAUCUACAGCGAGCAGGGCGUGCAGCAGCUGGGCGUUGAGCUGGGGCGCUCGCCCGUCUUCCUGUACGAGGACCAGAACCGCAAGCCCGCCCCAGAGGACUACCCGCUCUUCCGGGGUGUCAACUUGGCCGACGGCAAGUGGCACCGCAUUGCCAUCUCCGUGCAGAAGAAGAACGUCACCCUGCUCUUGGACUGCAAGAAGCGCAUGACCAAGUCCCUGCCCCGUAGCAACAAGCCCACGAUUGACACCAAGGGCAUCACCGUGUUCGGUUCUCGCCUGAUGGAUGAGGUGUUCCAGGGUGAUAUUCAGCAGCUGCUGAUUGCAUCCAACUCUCAGGCCGCGUAUGACUUCUGCGAGCACUACAGCCCCGACUGUGACUCCCCUCUGCCCAGGAUUCAGUCCCAGGACCCCAACCCUCCCGUGGAGGAACCAGUGGUGGAGGAGGAGGUAGACACCACCAAGGCAGGUGGCGAGACUUUCACAGAGGAGUAUGUGACUGGUGAUUUUGGCAUGAAGGAAUACGACUAUUCCUACAAGGACUACAGCGAGCCUAUGCCCGAGGGAGAGACCGACGCCGGCCAGAUGGGCCCUGCUCUGUCCGCAGUGACGGACGAGGGAGGCGGCAUGUUGAUUGAAGGACCCCCAGGACCUGAAGGACCAGCAGGUCUCCCUGGUCCUGCCGGCCCAUCUGGCCCUCCCGGCUCUGUUGGCGAUCCUGGCGAGAGGGGUCCCCCUGGCAAAGCUGGACUUGCUGGUGCUGAUGGAGUUCCUGGACCCCCUGGCACCUCAGUCAUGCUGCCCUUCCGCUUUGGAAACAGCGCUGGAGAGAAAGGCCCAGUCGCCUCAGCACAAGAGGCCCAGGCUCAGGCUAUCCUGUCUCAGGCUCGGCUUGCUAUGAAAGGACCACCUGGCCCAAUGGGAUACACCGGCCGUACCGGACCUGUGGGAACUCCUGGCGGCCCUGGCCUGAAGGGAGAGAGUGGAGACCCUGGUCCUCAGGGUCCUAGAGGACCUCAGGGAUUGUCUGGGCCUCCUGGCAAAUCUGGACGCAGGGGCCGUGCUGGAGCUGAUGGAGCCCGUGGUAUUCCAGGAGAGUCUGGUGGGAAGGGUGACCGUGGCUUUGAUGGGCUUCCUGGGUUGCCAGGAGACAAAGGAACGCGGGGUAACACAGGUGGAAUGGGAGUCCCAGGAUCUCCUGGCGAGGACGGAGAGAGGGGAGACGAUGGAGAUGUCGGACCCAGAGGUCUUCCAGGUGAACCAGGACCCCGUGGUCUGCUGGGUCCCAAAGGCCCUACUGGUCUCCCUGGACCUCCUGGCGUGCGUGGAAAUGAUGGUCCUCAUGGUCCUAAAGGAAACUUGGGACCCCAGGGAGAGCCCGGCCCACCUGGGCAGCAGGGUCAACCAGGAACUCAGGGAAUGUCAGGACCUCAGGGAGCUAACGGACCUCCAGGCGAGAAGGGACCAAGAGGAAAGCCCGGUCUACCAGGCAUGCCCGGAGCCGAUGGCCCCCCAGGUCACCCAGGAAAGGAGGGACCCGGUGGCACCAAAGGAAACCAGGGACCAAGUGGCCCUCAGGGUCCUAUUGGCUAUCCUGGCCCUCGUGGAGUUAAGGGCGAGCAAGGUAUCCGUGGACUGAAGGGACACAAGGGUGAGAAGGGUGAAGAUGGGUUCCCUGGAAUCAAAGGAGACUUUGGAGCAAAGGGAGAGAGAGGAGAGUUGGGAGUUCCUGGACCCAGGGGAGAGGAUGGUGCAGAGGGGCCUAAAGGUCGUGUUGGACCCCCUGGUGAGCUCGGACCUCUUGGUCUCAUCGGAGAGAAGGGAUCUCUUGGUUUCCCAGGAUUCCCUGGAACUAACGGCGAGAAAGGCGCAAGGGGUUCAUCAGGAAGUGAUGGUCCUUCCGGUCCACCAGGAGAGAGAGGACUGCCCGGGCCUCAAGGAGCGAACGGAUUCCCUGGGCCAAAGGGACCUCCCGGACCACCAGGAAAAGAUGGACUGCCCGGACACCCUGGACAGAGAGGCGAAGUCGGUCCUGCAGGCGAGACCGGCCCAAUGGGUGAGCGUGGACAUUCUGGCCCCCCUGGACCACCAGGUGAGCAAGGCUUGGCUGGACCCUCUGGAAAGGAAGGAACCAAGGGCGACCCUGGUCCUCCUGGUGGCCCCGGAAAAGAUGGACCCCCUGGUCUGAGAGGAUUCCCCGGAGAGAGAGGACUGCCAGGAACCCCGGGAGAGAAAGGACCUAUGGGCCCAGCUGGUCGUGACGGACUUCAAGGCCCAGUGGGUCUCCCUGGCCCUGCAGGACCACCAGGAGUUCCCGGAGAGGACGGAGACAAGGCCAGUGACCCAUCCAAUACCUCCAAUACUGUUACCAUAUGUGUCCCGUUUUAAGAACUUUGGAGGUUCUGGAGAGAUUUGUUUUUGUGUACUGUGUCCGUAAUGCUUUGGUUGCUCUGCUACAGGGGAGCUGAUGGUGAGACAGGUGCCAGAGGUCAACAGGGUAUCUUUGGAGCCAAGGGAGAUGAAGGAACAAGAGGAUUCCCAGGACCUCCUGGUCCAAUUGGUCUGCAGGGUCCUCAAGGUCCUCCUGGAGGAAUUGGCAACCCAGGUCCCGCAGGAGAGAAGGGAGAGCCUGGUGAGUCUGGUCCACCUGGAAUUGGCGGAGAGCCUGGAAAGAAGGGCCCUGUUGGUUUCCCUGGUGAUCCUGGUCCCCCUGGUGAGGUCGGCCCCAGAGGCUCUCCAGGACCUUCUGGUGAGAACGGACCACCCGGGCCUCCCGGAAAGAGGGGUCCUGCCGGCACAAGAGGACCAGAGGGACGUCAGGGAGAGAAGGGCGCCAAGGGAGAUUCAGGUGCCAAAGGACCUGCAGGAAAGACCGGCCCAGUCGGAGCUCAGGGCAACCCAGGAAAACCAGGAACUGAGGGUCUGAGAGGACUUCCUGGAUCAGUGGGUCCUCCAGGUUUGCUUGGUCUUCGCGGAGACCCCGGUGCCAAGGGCGAGAAGGGACACCCAGGUAUGAUCGGUCUGAUUGGACCUCCCGGUGAACAGGGAGAGAAGGGUGACCGAGGACUUUCAGGGCCCCAGGGAACAAAUGGACCCAAGGGAGAGACUGGUAUGCCUGGUGGUACUGGACCUCUCGGUCCUGCUGGUCCUGCUGGUCUGCCUGGCCCCAGAGGUGUCAAGGGAGCUAAAGGUGCUUCAGGCGGUGCUGGCCCCAAGGGAGAGAAGGGUGUAAAUGGACCUCCAGGACCUCCUGGACCUCCAGGUGAUGUCAUCCAGCCACUGCCCAUCCAGAUCCCCAAGAAGUCCAAGCGCUCCAUCGAUGCCAGCCAGAUGGUGGAGACCGACGGCACAGCAGCUGACGCCGCCGGUGCCGCCAACGAGGGCAUGGAGGAGAUCUACGGCUCCCUCAACUCCCUGCGCCAGGAGAUCGAGGCCAUUCGCUUCCCUCUCGGCACCCAGGAGAGCCCAGCACGUACCUGCCAGGACCUCAUGCUCAGCCAGCCAGAGUACAAAGACGGAGAGUACUGGAUUGACCCCAACCAGGGAUGCCAUCGCGAUUCCUUCAAAGUUUACUGCAAUUUCACAGCUGGUGGAGAGACAUGUCUCUACCCAAGCAAGGCCAUGGAGAAUGUGAAAUUGAACUCUUGGGCCAAGGAGACCCCUGGGUCCUGGUACAGUAAAUUUUCAAAGGGAAGCAAGUUCACAUACGUGGACUCCGUUGGCGAACCAGUGGGCGUAGUCCAGCUGGGCUUCCUGCGGCUAUUGAGCGUCCAGGCCCGCCAGAACCUUACCUACCACUGCCACCGCUCCGUGGCCUGGGCCGACCGCACUACCAAGGACAAGGACCAGUAUCAGCGGGCACUGCGCCUCCAGGGCGCCAACGAAGAGGAGCUCGCCUACGAGACCAGCCCCUACAUCAAGGCUCUCGAGGACGGCUGCUCGUAUCGUAAGGGUUACGACAGGACGGUGCUGGAGGUCAACACGCCUCAAGUGGAGCAGCUCCCUCUGCUGGACAUGAAGAUCUCAGACUUUGGGGAGAAUAACCAGAAAUUUGGCUUUGAAGUGGGACCUGUCUGCUUCCUGGGUUAAAACACAUGCAGUGAGAGAGGGGAACACAAGCAUCGACACACUCGAAGCACACAGACACACACUUACACUGAUGCACUCACUCACAUACACGGACAUGCACUUAUACAACACAUAUUGAUACAACCACAUAGAUGUGCCAAUAUGAAUGCUCAGUGUUUUUUUUUUAAGUUAAAAAUGUGGAAUACACACACUCAUACACCUGCACAGGCAUGCACACACACACACACAAAUACACAAGAUCUGUUGUUAAACAGACCUGCACUCACUUAAGAACAUGCCCAGGGAAAACGACUCCCAAAGACCAACGGACGAGAAGAGAAGAGUAGAACACGCCCGCACUCUCGCAGGGAGGAGAGCCAAGAUAGAACUGUGAGAGGAGAAAGGGUUCUGGCCCCGACUAGAACUGUGUUCUUCUGUAAUGAGUGGCUGAACUUAAAGGGUCAGCGACAAAUCCAUUUCCGCCCGUCCCCAAGCCCCCCCACCCCGCCGCCCCUCCCCAGGUUUCGGAGACCCCCCCCCCCCUCUCGCUCCUGUCCCCUCCCCGCUGAUUUUUCUUUUCGAGGCGUCUCACCCUCUCUACCUCUUUGCUUUGUCCCUCAGCACCCAGCCUCAUAGAAAAGGCCCAGCCCCGCUCCCUGUGCCUCACGUCCUGUGUCUUGAAACGCAAAAACAAACAAACAAACAAAAAUGGAUGCCCUCAAACGCAAGCCCAAAUAAACCACGGAAGUUUCGCCAGCUGACGAUGGACACCUGUCGACCGACAAGUAAGAGGGUAAAAUCAGACUGAGGAACAGGGAAUUUAACAAAGCGCACACUAAAGGAAAUAUCAAGCAGGAACAAUAAUGUCAAAUGUGGCUUUACAGUGUGUCUGUUGACAGGAGCCUACUGUUCAUUCAUAGGUCCAUCUACAGUGACACACCUGAUUUAUCCAAGCUGUUGUGUUAAACCUUAAACGGUGUGUUCACGGCUAUGUCUUCUACAAAGUUUCUUAAAAUGACAAGAGGUAAGACGGAUACAUUUAGCACAGCUGUUGGCGUACGUUUGAGAAAAGCCAUUUUUUUUCAACCCCAGCAGUAAUAAAAAAAUAUCUCGUCCUAACAGCAAUGUGUUCUGUACUUCAUGUCUGUUUAUUGGGUUCACAAUGUUGCAUGUAUUUGGGCAGAAAUGGGAUCAAAUGUACUGAACUUGAUGUGUUUGCUGUACAUGUAUUGUAGAUUUGAUUAAAGUUGUUCAGUAUACGGCUGCAGUUAAAAGGCAAGGCUUGAGCACAAACGCCAUCGUACCAAUCCAGUAUUGAUGUUUUGGAAGGUGGAGGACAGUGGGUUAUAAUAUCUGACCCUUUGCCAAAUGCAAUUGGUAUUAGACUAUCAAGUAUGCCUGGGGUGUAAAAUGUGUAUGUAUGCGCUCUUUUUGGUACUUCAUCUUUUUCUAUGUAUCAGUGAAUAAAACAAAAAAAGCACACAAACAAAAACUGUGUUGCUAGGUGCUACUUCUACCAAAGGAGGCAGCGUUCAGCACGAAACCUCAUUUGAUUAUGCCGCCCUUUCAUGUCAACAGUGAUUUUGUUUUUCUUUGGCUGGACUUUGUGCAUUACAACUCAUUUGUACAGAGAUACUGAUAUUCUAUUGUAUUUAUUGUUAAAGGGAAUGAACAGAACAGGGUGCUCUAAAUCCUUCCAAAACUCUGCCGUUUUCAAGAAAGAAAAAUUGUGGUAUUUCGUUUGUAUUUAUUUCCUGUAGUUUUCACUUGAUGGGUCAUAAAUCAAUUAAAUAUAUACAUUAAAACCUAAUCUGACUUGAUCUGUGCAAUACUCAUGGUCUAUGCAUGUUAACAGGGCCUUAUGCUGUCAAUCUUCUGACGUAUAGUCUCUUUGCAAUCACACAGUUCACAAGGACAAUCCCAUUUGUGGACGUUGUGUGGAGUUUGAUUCUUACGCUUUGUCAUGGCUAGGUUUGGCUGGGCUACUGUGGGUCACUGAGGUUCCGUCUAGGUGAUCAACAGAAACAAAGAGUGCAGGAUGGCAUGGAUGUGGGACUCCAGCGGGCAAGA